UCGCGCACGUCUCGCCUCAUUUUUUCGCCAGUUCCAUUCCACCGGCAGGGAACACAUCAUGACAAAAACCAGCAACACAAGCAACAAGCAACGCCCAGCAUGGCACCUUUCACCGGAUUGUUGGCGCGGUUCAUGGUGGCAUCCUUGAGUGCUUCUGCCUCCAACAACGAUGCGACGAUUGGUAGUGGUGGCGAUCAGUACAUUCAUGCCAAAGAGAACGUCGAACGGCAAGGGCUGUUGCACCAAUGCUUUCGUCAAUCAUCCAGUGAUGCCUUUUCCAUGUCGGGCAUCUUGGAGGCAUCUCAGCACCACCACAACAACGACAAGGAAACUUUUCGAGUAUUGGAAAUCGGAUGUGGAGCAGGCCAUACGACGUUGGAUUUGUUACUUGAUGUUCUUCCAGAUCAUUGUCACAUCACCGCUGUGGAUGCAGAUCCCAAGUUGAUUGCAUCGGCACAAACACGCCUUUCUUCGCAAGGCUUUUCAGAACUACAACAGAAAAGAGUUACCUUUCAGCAUCAGACUGGAGAAUCGCUAGCUGAGUCAAUGGCGGGUCAAUUCGACUCUGUCUGGGUAAGGUUUGUCGUGGUCCAUUUACCGGAUCCACUUGCUUUCUUGGAAGCAGCAGCCGAGUGCCUAAAGCCAGGAGGUACAAUCCUCGUUGAAGACAUUUACGUGCCGGGGGCGACUUCGUUGUGUCAUCCGCCGCUUUAUGCACACACCUUCUUUCAUGAGAUGCACACAAAGGCAAGCCGAAAGCUGGGUGGGGAUUUGACUCGAGGUGCCAAGAUUGGUGACUACCUGCAGUCUUUGGGAUCUCUGCAAAAUAUUCAAUGCAACACGUUCGCACCCAUAUUUGGACGAGGAGUCACUGUCAGACCGUGGACAUCUCACUCACAGUCCGCGAAUAGCAGUCGCAGUCAAGAAAACACGGACACUUCGACCAACCGGUUCAACCUCGGUUGGAGUCUACUGGAACAGUCUCUGGCGUCUUUGAUGCCCAAGCUGAGAGAACUGGAAGUAUGCACGGAAGAGGAAGUUUCUCGAGCUGAGGAGAGCCUCGCGUCUUGGAAACGAGAACAAAAAGCCAAAGGUGACGACGAUGAACGUACGUGUAGUUACCAGAUGUUUGCUCUGCCAGAUGGAACGGUCUUCCAAUGGUGGGCAACUAGAAUGGAAACAUAGUCCGUGCAAUGGCAUCCAAUAUUGUAGAACUCGUAGAGACGGAGUUUCUAUCGAGCACCGAUCCAGCUUGUUAGAUGCAUUAUUCUUUAUUCUUGCUUGUAUUAAAAAGGUAAAGAGCGGCCAUGUUGCAAACACAAAGGCAGGAGCACAAUAGACUGCGCCACUGCAGCAUCAACAACAUUUGCUUGGCCACAUGGAUGGUGACUAAUGACACCAGCAAGCAAAACCACUGCAGACUGACAAAGCUCAACAAGAAGAAUGACAUGUGUUGGUUUUGAAUGGAUGGCCGAUGAUUGGAACCACAAUGUGUGACCCCGAUGUCAAACCGGUAAAGGAAAUGUAGGUUCAGAGGAUUUUGUAGUGAAUGCUCUGCAGAAUGGUCAGCGACUCGUAGACGUAGAUUGGAACUGUGACGGGGGAUCCGUUCAGACUCCCAAGAGCCACAAUCGUGCAGACACAGGAAUUGUAUUCACAUCGGGGAACGAUCCCAAGAAUUGUUGGCCCCAAGCCCGCCAACCCAACCAAACUGAACAGUGCGAUGAUAAGAAGGUCAUUUUGACGGCCUUGAAAGGCUUUUGGGUUCAAAGUUCAAAGUAUGCGCCUUGUGGACUCCCCAUGGUCAAAAGAGAAACAGCGCCGCAGGGGCACCAUUGAAGGUCAACAUGCAGAUGCUGCAUUGCAGUCAAGCUAUUGUGCCCUUAUCCAAACUUGUGAAAGGAUGUCCAGAUCAAUUUCAGCUGUACAGGCUUGAAGGUGCAAGCCACAUGAACUUUUCGAAUUUCUAGGGUGAAAGCGGUAGAAGGCAGUGAUCUGAUUGGCUGAGAGGACCGAAGAACAAUGUAUAUGUCAGCGAUAUAUAAGGAACAAGAUUUAAAUCAAUUAACGUACCAUUUAUAGUUAUUACGGAUACAGUGUGCUAUAAA